UUUCUCUCCCCUAUCAGGUUUUAUUUCAGAAACUGGCAUGGUACCACUGAAGGAGAGUCUCCAGUUUGGAGACACUGCAUCAGUAAACUGAGAGGAGGGGUUAGCCCACAGAAAACACCAGAAGGAACUCCCCUUCUGGAUGCUGCCUCUCUUAACUACCUGUUUUCCCAGGGCCAGCAUGACUUUCAGACAGGUGUGAUUCCACUGCGGGUGUCCCACUCAGAGACAGAGCAACACGAGAUAGAAAAUGAGUGUUUGGGCAUGGCUGUGCUUGCUAUCUCUCACUAUACCACAAACAUAGUCGUGACCCUUCCCACUGCUCCCCAUGAAAUCAGCUACAAACGUUUCAUCCCAGAGUCACUGAACCGCAACAUUAAGCAGCGCAACUUCCUGACACGCAUCCGCAUCAACAACGUCUUUAAGAAAUUCCUCAGUGAAUUCAACCGCCGCACAAUGAAGGACAGCAAAAUCACGGCGUACGACCUGAAGAUCAAGUACCUGGCCACUCUGGAGGGCCUGACCAGCGGCCUGGGCAGCGAGAUGUUUGAGCCCAUCUCGCUCAGUGUAACGCAGGACGGAGAUCUCUGCAACGGCGGCUACUAUGGCUACAGUAACCAGAGCCAAGAGCAGACCCAGAGUCAGAACAUGAAGACCAGUCAUGACAUGCAUGUCCUGGUUACUGGCACCGCUGGCAUUUCCUGGAGGAAGAAGCCUGCUACAUCAACUGGGAUCAGCAAAGAAAAGGGCAAGUCAAAGAAGAACAAGUUGGAUGGAAAACAGAAAAAUGACAAAAACAUCGAAGCGAAUGAAGGCUGGGUGGUGUUCUGUGACUACCAUGAGAUCACACACGCUGUCAUCAAAGAGGCAACGGUCACCAUCUAUAGACAGGACAACAAGAGAAUGGAGUUGCAUAUGACGACUAGGGCUGAGGCUCUGUCCUUCGCAGCUCUCGUGGAUGGCUACUUCAGGCUGACGGUGGAUGCCCACCACUUCCUGUGCAAGGAGGUGGCCCCUGCUUCAGUGGUGCACAGCAUCAACAACGGCUGCCACGGACCCAUCUGCACGGAGUAUGCCAUCCACAAGCUGCGUCAGGAAGGCAAUGAGGAGGGCACCUACAUCCUGCGCUGGAGCUGCACUGAAUACGAGUACAUCAUCAUCACUGUCGUCUGCAAUGAGAACGACCUGAGUGAGUCUCGUCCUGUGCGUCAGUAUAAGAACUUCCAGAUUGAGGUGGCCUCCAAUGGGUUCCGCCUGUACGGCACUGAGACGUUUCGGGCCACUCUCGUUGAACUGCUGGAGCACCUGGAAGGCCAAAGCCUUCGCACCGACAACCUCCAGUUCCAGUUGAUGCGCUGCUGCCCUCCACAGCCCAGAGAGGUUUCUAACCUGCUGGUGGUCACUAAAGAUAGAGCACCGGCCCCUCAGACACCCAUGCAGGAGAGUCAGCUCAGCUUCCAUCGCAUUCUCAAGGAAGAGAUUGAACAGGAGGAGCACCUUGGACUGGGCACAAGAACCAACAUCUUCUCAGGCACACUGAGGGUGAAGAAUGAGGAGGAGGAGGAUGCAGGUUACUCAUCCUUCCAGGAGGUCAAAGUGGUCCUGAAGGUGCUGGGCUCUGGACACAGGGACAUCUCCCUGGCCUUCUUCGAAACAGCCAGCAUGAUGCGACAAGUGUCUCAUAAACACAUAGUGCUGCUGUAUGGAGUGUGUGUUCGUCACCAGGAGAAUAUCAUGGUGGAAGAGUUUGUCCAGCCCGGACCACUGGACUUAUUUAUGAGGAGACAGCAGAGCCCACUUGGCACACUGUGGAAGUUCCAGGUGGCCAAGCAGCUGGCCUCAGCUCUCAGCUACUUGGAGGACAAAAAGCUGGUCCAUGGCUUUGUGUGUGCCAAAAACAUCCUGCUUGCCAGAGAUGGGCUGGACACAGAUAAAGGAGGGCCCUUCAUCAAGCUCAGCGACCCAGGAAUACCAAUCACAGUACUCACCAGAGAGGAGUGUGUGCAUCGUAUCCCGUGGAUCGCUCCGGAGUGUGUGAAGAGCGUGUCCUCCCUAAGCGUCGCAGCUGACAAGUGGGGCUUUGGUACCACCCUGUGGGAGAUCUGCUACAAUGGAGAGGUCCCCCUUAAAGACAAGAAACUCACAGAGAGGGAGAGGUUUUAUGAGACUGAGUGCCAACUGGCCACCCCAGACUGCAGAGAGCUGGCUGAACUGAUGACCCACUGCAUGACCUACGACCCCAAGAAGAGGCCUUUCUUCAGGGCUAUCGUCAGAGACAUAGACAUGCUGGAGGAAAAGAACCCCUCUAUCAAACCCCAGCCGACACCAGAGGUGGACCCGACUAUGUUUGAAAAGAGAUUCCUGAAGAAGAUCAGAGACCUGGGAGAGGGCCACUUUGGAAAGGUGGAGCUGUGUCGCUAUGAUCCUCGGGGAGAUAAAACGGGUGAACUGGUGGCGGUGAAAUCCCUAAAGCCUGAGAACCGGGAGGAGCAGAGCAACAACCUCUCGCGUGAGAUCGACAUCCUGAAGGCACUCUACCAUGAAAACAUUGUCAAAUACAAGGGCAUCUGCCAAGAGGAAGGUGGUCAGGCCAUUAAGCUGAUCAUGGAGUACCUUCCACUGGGCAGUUUGAAGGAGUAUCUACCCAGAAACAAAGCAAAGACCAGCCUCAGCACCUUGCUCAGCUACUCUAUCCAGAUAUGCAAGGGAAUGGACUAUCUGGGAUCCCGAAGUUACAUUCACCGAGACCUGGCUGCCCGAAAUGUCCUGGUGGAAAACGAGAGGACGGUGAAGAUCGGAGAUUUCGGCCUCACCAAAAGUAUCAAGGAAAACGAGGGAUACUACACGGUCAAAGACGAAAACGACAGCCCUGUUUUCUGGUAUGCGCCAGAGUGUCUGACUCACUGCAAGUUCUACCUUGCCUCAGAUGUUUGGUCCUUUGGGGUGACGAUGUAUGAGCUCAUCACCUACUGCGAGUCCUCCAAGAGCCCGAUGCCGCUCUUCAUCAGUAUGAUUGGUAAAACUCAGGGUCAGAUGACGAUCAUCAGAUUGGUGAAGGCGUUGACAGAAGGAAGAAGGUUGCCACGUCCCGAGGGCUGUCCUGAGCCUGUGUACGAGCUGAUGCGCAGGUGCUGGGAGAACACGCCCGAGCUGAGAAUCACAUUCAAAUGCCUGGUGGAGGAGCUGACAAAAAUGCAGCAACUGUUCCAAACACAAAACAACCUUUAAACUUCUCUCGCACUGUUCGGGCCUCUGGGAAGGACUUUUGCUUGCGGACUCGGCACCAGAUGUGAACCGCAAAAACCGACUCCAGAUCAGUAUCUGCUUGUGGAGCGUCAUUGUAACUGAGGGACACAAAGCAUCGCUCCUUCAUACUCGCAUAUAUACACACACCUUCCACAGCCAUGAAAAGACGUUUAAUCCUGUCAUUUUAAUCUGCCAUCAUUUUUUGAUGUUUUUUAUGUUUACCAAACUUGUAUGAAACAAGUAAAUCUUGUGACCUUAGCCCAUGCUUAAUGUGACUGUAUAACCUACAAUGGACUUCCAAGUGUAUCUAAGAGAUUUAACUCCCUGCAUUGCCAGAAAUGUCAGCCUCGCGUGGACUGGCCACCCUUAUAAUUUGCGCCAAAGGCCUUUAUGAUCAUGUGAGGUUGAUAAUCGCUCGACAGAUGGAGAGCAGAGAAAGGACUGUUUAAAGCCUGCUUACACACGGUUGUAUGCCGGUCCUCUUUGUGACGGACACGGAGUGGAUUACUGAUGAAUCAUGUUGAUAAUUUCUUGGAUGGAUGGAUACAUCUGCAUUAAUACAGAUGCUGAAGAUGUCGGCUGCUUGUCUCAUGGACUCCACUUUGGGAGAAACUGACCUGAUUUGUAUUUCUUUUAGCCGUGGAGUGGUCCGUGAUAGAUUUUCUGUUCAUGAUGUGCAGAUGCUGUCACUAAGAACCAGCUUUUAAUCACAGCCAGCAACCAGUGAGCCAUGUCCCUUUUCACUGUGUUUCUGUCAUUAGGUCUCGGUAAAAUGCUAAACAUUGGUUCUAGCCUCCCAAUUAUGAGAUAUUUCUGCUUUUCUCAGUUUUAGACUGUCGCUCGUACUAAACGAGCAAUUUGUAGACCUCACGCUUCAGAUUUUUGGAAGCUGUGACGGGCAUGUUUCAACAUUUUCAGACAUUUUAUAGACCAAUUAACCGAGGAAAAUAAUCCACAGAUGAAUUACUUUGAGCAGGGGAUCCUCCAAAGCGACCAGACACAAAUGAGAAUACUUUCUCUGUGAAGAUGCUGUUUGAGUUGCAUCUUCUGUUAGUUUGGUCUCUCUAAUCAUAGAUAGACAUCAUGUGGUGUCAUCCUUUGCACUGUGUUAAGGUCCUCUGAUUGUUUGAGGUGGUUCGGUUUAUAAUCUCGAAUCAAGUUAGGUUCUUUAAAUGUAACAAUCUUUGAUUAAGAACUAUAUGCAUCUGAUUAAUCGACUAAAUCAAAUAUACAGCACUUAGUAACUUGUUAGUGGAGGGAGAAAUGAAGCUGAGUACCUGUGAGAUGCACUUGAGGGCAGUAUCUCUUUACUUUCCUCUCCUUAAUGCUUCAUGAAAUGUCUAUAUGCUAUAUAUACACACAAAAAAGAGCCACUUGCCAUUGUUGCUGAUUGUGAAUGGAAGGAUUAAGAUGGUACACAAGGUUUGAAGUAAGGAAGAAGAAUCACUGACUAUGCACGUGGCAUUUUAUCUUCAUUUGUUAUUUCAGUUACAUAUUAAUUCUUCCAGUGACAGUUGUGAUUAUGUAUGUGCAUUUUAUUUGUAAAGUUCUUUUUAAUCUGCCAAUAUGCCAGAACAUUUAUCAAACUGUUUUGUCUGUGCGUAUGUGGAGUGGUUUGAGCAGAGGGUUUCUUCUGUUUUGUAUCCAAUCAGAUGGCAAAAGUAGCAAAAUCCUAUUCAGUCAAAAGCUUUUUCGUGAUUUCAAGAAACGACCAGUUGUUCUUCGUGUAGCUGUUUGUCUUUUACUGUGACGGCUUCGGUCCACAUUCUAUUUAGGGGUGUGAGA